AGAUUUGACUCGCAGGACCACAGGGCGAGGUCGAGUCGAAAAUACAAAAAAUACAACUGUAUCCCCCUAGUAGACCUACUAGUCAUAGCAUUACCAUACCUGCUACUCCUACACCUACUUCAUGUAUUUUAUAAUUAUAGCUGCAGCCGCUUUUGUCAGCGAACUGCAUUCGAUUGCGAAAUGAGGGUCAGGUCAGCAAGAGCAAUGCCUUGAAGAUCCGCGACAACUGAGCAUUCAUCUCUUGCCGCCGCGAUCUAUGUGAACCGAGUUGACACUAUGACGAAUGCACGCGGGUCAACAAUUGCUUUGGUUGCUCCGCUACCCGGCGCAGACUCCUUCGGGUCCGCGCACAUUAGCGCUCCUGCGAUGACGACCACGACGCCCUCGGGCAACAUGCCAACACCACAGCUCCAAGUAAGUUCGACACACGUGGAGUUCACAUCGAUUGAGCACCUCUUUCGAACGAAGCCGCUGGCACAAAUCCGGGCCCUCAGCCGAGAAACGGAAAAGAACCUCACCCAAAAACGAAAAGACCUUCGGUUGAUGGUUGGCAAUCAUUAUCGACAGGUAUGAAGUAGGACCAUUUUGUGCUAUAUUUGGCCCUGGCGAAAUAUGAUGAAGAAAAAUAUCUCGACCUGGUUUUAGUAGAGGCUGCAAGGAAGAGGUCGCGCAGUAGUUACGCUGUUAAUCUCGAUAAAAGACUAGUUUUUAUCUGUGCGCCACCAGACCGUGCGGAAUAGCAUUAGGCACGAAGGUAUGGCGCACAGGCAGCAAAAAGAGGGCCCAUGGGGCCCGGCAACCGCAAUACGUCGGGUGCGCGCCAUGACAAAACCUCACUGCCCCCGCUGCAGCCAGCUAGUAUUUUUGGCAGCACAAAGACAUGAACAUUGUUCAGGUGUUGGAAUCCUCGGACUUGGUAAAGCAAAUUCAGUUGUGCGCAACUGAAUUUCGCGGGUGCUUGCAGGUAAUUGAGCAGAUUCAGCAGCAGCCCGUGACUUCCAGCCUUGUUUCCAUAGACAGGAAACGGCUUGCCGCGCUAAUUGAGGGACCCUGCAAGCGGCAGCGCGGGAAUAUUGGAGUUGCUUCGGUGGGGCGUGAUGAGCACCACCACGCUUCUAGCACAAAGCCACCACCUGCGGCUGAAGAGGUGGCAGAUCGCCAAUUGUCGAGGCACCUUUUGAAGGAAACGAAAACAAGAGCCGGGCACGGACAGACCGGAGGUGCAUCUGCUGGUAUAGCUGCAUCCCGUGAUAUGCUAGUAGUUGAGAGCGCUGUUAAAGAGGAGCAUGAUGCAGCUGAGACCUACCAGUUGUGCAAGCGGGUCCGAGUGCUGCUGGAGUUUCCUGAGAUCAUUCGCGCACACCUGCUGGCACGGGAAUUUCUGCAAGCUGCGGAAACACUUCUCGUGCUCCUGCCAACCGUGACGCGGGAAAUAGAAGAUGCUGCAGCUGGCGCGAGCAAAAGUGAGGCUGCAAACAUGGACACGGCAACCUCGUUGUCUGGUGGAGCCCGCCUUGGUCUGACUGCCAACAAGCGUGGCGGUGGUGAGGACCCCGAGUCUGCUGCAGCAUCCUCGACCAGCAGCUCUAGUGGUUCGCCGUAUGGUUUUAGGGUGUCCAAUUUUUUGGAGAAGAGCCGAAGGCAGAGCCGCGGGAGCCAUAACGCGAUCGUGUGUGCGUGUAUGGAAGCGCUUUCUCUGAGUGCACUUACACCCGAAGCCUUUCUCGAGGCACUAGUCUGCCUGAUUUACUUUACAAACAAAGACCUCAAGUAUUUUCUUGAGGUGUUCGUUGCGCGCCGGAGAAGACUGCGCCCCGCUUCCGGCGGGAGCUGUGCAGGCAGUAGUAUACCGGAGAUGGCUGCCGGCGCGAGAGCAAUCGUUCCGGGUGCUGGAGCAGGACCUGCAGACGGCAGCAGGGGACUGUCGCUGCAAGACGACCUGAUAUCCUUCGAAGCUACUUUCCUGUGCCUGCACCAUGCGCAGCCGCAGCGGGUGUUUGCCGCACUGGAAAAAUUCGCCCAGCGCGUAAAGGCAGGCGAACGCAAUAGUUGCAGUUUGUCCCUGCAGGAGAUGAUGGCCUCGCCAAACGAGGGAACCACCUCCGACACACGCUCACGAUCAGCCACUCCUGCAGGAGGUGCAGGCACAAGAGAUCAUUACGCAGCUCUAUGUGCGUGCGAUGCAGCGACGGGCGACGUGCUUCCGCAGGUCGAGCUUCCAACGGUGCGCUCCGUCUUGGCGAACAACGACCAUGAGAACGACUACACAUCAUCGGAGCACAAGAGUCAGCGAUUGGGCUCCACGACCCAAAAGACUGGCGCAACUAACCAUCCCGUGGUCUCCGUUGUAGCCGCAGAGCAAACAAGCGGCUCUGCUGCGGUCUCGGACAAGUCGGGCCUUCUUCCGAACUUCUCCUUCCCGGUGUGCGGUAGUCUCAAGCAAAUUCACGAUCUCUGUGAGCGGACUGGAGAGGCUGUAUGGGGGUACAGGUUUCAGACGAACUACAAGGAAUCAUGGACACACAUUGAGGCAGCCGCGAGAGAGACGCCGCUCGCCGCCGCUUUCCCCGAGGAUGUGCUCGCGUCUUUGCGCCACCGUGCAGCAAGAGAAAUGAUCCUUCUCGUGGUACAUGAUUCGCAUUAUCUUACUUUCCCAUACUGUUUCUGGUAGAUCAUAGAAGUUGAUGCAAUAGAUGUUUGUAAAGUACACAAAAAGAUAUACAUCUUUAUUUCCACCGACGUGCAGUGAGUCGUCCGCUCGUGGUGGCGAGCAUCUGUAUUAUUCUAUCGCUCAUCACGUCUCACCAGGAAGCGUCCGCUCAACGCAUGGGGAAUCCGUUGCGGCUGACCUCUUCAGAGCCGGAGCUUUUGGAAAUUGCGCGAGAUAUCUGCAGCGUGCCCCCGCAGUACUCGCAAAACGAACAGCUAUGCUGCACAUCAUUACUAAGUCAAGGAAAUAAAGGCAGAUAAGAUGACGGAGCGAUAGAACAAUUGUGUAUCAUCAUGCAUGGCGAGGUCGACGUCGACACAUCACGACCACCAUGGAGCUUGACCUCUUCUAACAGCUUCAUUAUCGCUUGUUUUAAAAAGUUUUUCGGGCAUAUGCAAAACACGAUGAUUUAGGGGGACAUCUACGACUACGCAGGCAAGAGAAUGAUGAAUCUCCUUGUUCGCGCGACAUCUAUCAUGUAUUUUUUGGUUACACCUUGACUGAAAAUUUUGCGACAACAAAAGCUAUUGCGAGCGUAUUCUGACGCGGUGUAUUCUGUGUUUGCGCAAGCCUUGGCCGCAUCCUCGGAACCACCAGGUGCGCCCUCCAGCCCUCCAGAUGGCGCGUCUCUGGGAGCAAGAAGUGCGUCGUGGUCGUCCUUCGCGAACGCUAGUAACGAACAAGUAGACGUGGAACUGUACCGGUUGGUUGAAUGGGCCCGCAACCGGCGUCGUCUCGAAGAGGAGUUUCGUCUGCAGGAUCCGGGGGGUCGCUUCCUGCGCAUGCUAGCCGACACCGCCGGCAUAUGGGAGUGUCAGAAUCGAAAUUGACAAAAUCGAAAAAUUUGUUAUGCACAAAAUCGAUGUCAGUUGGAGCCUUAGUUUCCAAGUGGCGCAUGGCAAAUUUUGGGAGCGCCGAGAUCCAGUCCGUCAUGCUGGUUCGGCAAAGAAGACUGCUCCUGUCAUGCUACUCGGGCAGCGCGUCGCCUUCCCCUAAACAGGCUUGCAAUCGGUCUCAUUUGCCUGCUCCCCAAUAGAGGCCAUAUGUGUCCUACAUUGUACGCAUUACAAAUUUUUCGAUUUUGUCGAUUUCGAUCCUGACACUCCCAUACGGCAGAAAUUUGGACUCGUGGCUGCGGGCCAAGGUGCGAAUACCGUCUCAGCUGUACAACCACGACGGUGCGACUCCUUUGUCAACACCUGCAGUAGAUGAAGAAGCUGCAGGCGGCCGCGCCAAAAAUGCAGCUACAAUGUCGAUUAUACAUGGUAGCGAGCAGACAACGACGAGCGCAGCAAUUUUUCGGCUAACGAGCAGCAGCACAGUGGACCAAGAUCAUAUAGAGCAGGAGUUUUCCCGUGCAACCUGGGGCGCGCUGCUUAACACUGACGCCGCUUCAGCCGUAGUAGGUACCGCAGUUGGAGCCGGGUCCACGGCGCAGCAGCAGAGCAACAAUAAAUAUUACAUACCGCUAACUGCAUCAGCAUCACUCAUGGACUUCCUCGUCAAUGUAUGUGGCACAGAAAUCAGUCAACUUUUUUUGCUUUCCAGAAAGUUUUCCACCAUUCCAGAAGAUGCCUCGCGCAGAAUACGCCACUAUCUCCAGACCGAAUUCGAGAAGGUUCUUGCAUUUUAUUCUUCACUCAGUAAGACUAAGAACACGUCGUCCACGUGUGCUAUUCUUUGAUACUAGUAGUAAGUACUUACACAUCCGAUACUGUCUCACUAAGUGCCUUGAGGAAUUGCUUCCCAAGCCUGGAGCAUGAACCAAUUCAAUUUUAAAUCAAUACCGAUGCAUGAUGAUCGGAAAUGAACCACCAGCUACUUCAACGCAGGUUUUUCGACAGGAGCUGGAAUGGGCGAAGAAGAGUUCGGCCGCAGCAGCGUCGAUAGGGCCGCGACAGUUGCAACUGUUGUUUGACGCAAAGUAUGUGUCGCGACUCUGUCUGUUCGACGACCCGUUCUCGUCGCAUGAUAAUACGUUGGCAACGUCGUCGUCCACAGCAGGAAAUCAUGUGACGACUCUAAUCGAAGGCACGGUCUUUGCGGAUCCGGUCGAUCGCUUGCUUUACUCCCAAGCACUCGACCAAGCUGUGCAGGAAUUUCUGGAGUCCACCAGCCUGCUGCUGAGUCCACUGUUUCCUUACCUGGGUUCGCUCGUUCUCUCUGCUAACGACACGGCGACCAGUUCUGGCUCUGGAGGCGGAACGCUGGUACUUUGCGAAAAAGAAUUGCCUAGUUUUCCAUUUUGAGGUUCCGCGGCUUGCCUAGAUUUUCAUCCAUGAUAGAACUUAAUGCGUAACUAACACGAGGAAACGCCACGGAUUGUAGCAGUAGUCAAUCACAACUCAGUGCGAUCCAGGUCCGCAACCGCAACGGCGCGGACCUCUGCUGCUCUGUAAAGGAGGAAACAAUUUCACUUCAGGUGUCCCAGAAACUAGGGAAGAACAGCGGUGCUGCAAUAAGCUUGUUCACCCGUCCAGAGCACGACCCACCGUUGUGCACUCAUGCCAUGCGGUUUUAUCAAUGGCAAAUAUUAAUAUGCACUAGUCUGGGUCUGGAACAUUUCGGAGAUUCGUAUAUGCACCUUUUGCUAUUUCAUUCCCAAGAACAGAAUGUUUGCAGUACGACCUGUAGCAACAUCGCAAGUUUCAUAUAAGAAGGCUUCUCGUCCACGUCCUCCAUCGCGAUUCCGCGGGGAGCUGUCGUCUCCAGGUGACCCAAAAAAGUGGGUGGUUUUUGCUACCCAUGCAAUAUAUACAGAACUUUGCGUCGACCACGCCUUAAAUCACACAUGAUUCAGACUCUUCCACCAGACCCAGACUACACAUUUCCAAUGCAUAGGCUUCCACUCCUCCCAAUUCCAGAGUCUCAGAGGCUUGCGCCACUGUCGUCAAUACACGCUGGUGCUCGAGACGGCACAGAGCACUCUAUCAAACAAGCUGGGAGCGCUAGUCUUACGAAAUGGAAAACUACCUUCCGCAAGAAAUGCAAAUUAUGUGAGGCGCCCGAAUCUGCAACGUCUCGACUUCAUGCAUGGAUUAGAGUCUCGACUCGUGAACAACACGAUGAAAUCAAGGAUCAAUUUUUGUACACGCAAGCGAAAAACGGGUGAUGUAGUCUUCAGCAGCUCCUUUUUGGGUUUCUAUUCGAAACCGUUGUCGUGCCCAGAUAUCAACAGGCGGCUGGAAGUUGAAGAGGGCGCAACGAUUUGCAUGGCGUGUGGUGGUAGUUUUGCAUCUCAUAGGUAUCUUUCAAAAUGUUGGCCUUUCUCAGUUCGGUUGGAACCGCCAAAAGUAAUCUCAAUCUCAACCGCCUCCUUGGGCCUGCAGUCUCAGACGUGCGACGCCACAUAGUACGAAAGAAG